AUGAGCACUCUCAACCCAUCUGCCGCUGCCUCCCCCUCCUCGCAACGACUGCUCGAUAAGACCGCCGUCAUCACUGGCGCAUCAUCAGGUCUUGGACGCGCGAUCGCGCUUAGGUACGCAACACACGGUGCCGCUGUCGUCUGUGCCGAUCUGCGACCCGUUGCAGAAGUUCAUGUCAAAGAGGGGGAUACUAAAGCUACACACGAGGUGAUUCUCGAGAGCGGAGGAAAGAGUCUGUUUGUCGAAUGUGAUGUUCGGGACAGUCAGAGUGUGCAGAGCCUAAUCGCGAGGGCCGUGGAGGUCUAUGGCAGGCUCGACAUCAUGGUCAACAAUGCCGGCAUCGGCCUCGAAGUCCCCCUCCUCCUCCCUGUCCACGAAACCCCCGACUCGACCUUUGACACCACCAUGUCUGUCAACUCCCGCGGCGUGUUCCUCGGUUGCAAGUACGCUGCCCAACAGAUGAUCACCCAAAAUCCCUACCCGAGCGGCGAUCGGGGCUGGAUCAUAAAUGUUGCAUCAGUGGCGGGAGUGGUGGGCCUGGGUGGAACAGUGUCCUAUUCAGCUUCGAAAGGGUCAGUGGUCCAAAUAACUCGGACGGUUGCUCUGGACUUGGCACCAUGGCGCAUCCAUUGCAAUGUUCUGUGUCCUGGCUUCACAAAGACGGCUAUGAUCAAACCAUUGACGGAUGUUGAGGCAACGCAAGCUCGGCUUGGGGCAAUGCAUCCCUUCAAAGGCCUCGGCGAGCCAGAGGAUAUCGCGAAGGCGGCCCUUUUCCUGGCAAGUGAUGAUGCGAGUUGGGUCUCUGGAGCAGCGCUGCCUGUUGAUGGUGGCUACACUGCCCAGUAA